CUUUCACUCCAACUAACUACUAUAUCCACUAUAAAAAUGGUUGGCAUGUGGUCCUUAAUAAGCGAGUUCCACCAAUCUAAAACUACUUGGGCAUUCAAAGCCCGAGCUGUUCGUGUCUAUACCGUCCCUGCCCAUGGCAUUUACGGUGAAUCUUUGCAGUGCAUUUUCCAUGACGCUGAGGGAACAAAAAUACAUGCACACAUUGCAAAAUCAGAGGUUGCGAAGUUUGAGCACCUGUUUAGGGAAGGAAAUGUUUAUGCAAUAAGAAAAGUCUUGGUGCUAGACAACUAUAUGAAGUUCAAGACAACAAGGAAUGCUUUCAAGUUGUUAUUCGUCAACCGAACUGAUGCCUUUGAAAUCUCUAACAUUAAUUUUCCAAUGAGGAUGUUUGACUUCACAUCUAUAGCUGCCUUAAAAGAUGCUGAAGUUAUAGACGAAACCUAUGCCAUAGAUGUGAUCGGCAAGGUAACUUCAAUGUCAGACCCAAAGGACCUAACAAAGAAUGGUAAACAAACGAGGUUGCUUGAUCUUACCCUCGGUGAUGCCAAUGGGAAUACGAUUGCCUGCACUCUCUGGGAGAACAUGGUAGAAGAGUUCAUGGAUUUUCUUAAAACAAAACCGAAGUCAAUCACUCUUAUUCUUCAACGCUGCCGUGCUAAAAAAUUCCAGGGUCGGGUGGAGGUAACAAACAUGUUCCAUGUGACUAAGAUGUUACUGAAUAGCAACAGCGAGGAGUGUGCAGCUUUCAAUUCCACGUUCGGUCCAGAUAAUGAUGACGGCGGGGAUGCUCUAGCCUUAGCUACUUUUGUUACCCCUUCUUUUCAAGAUGACCUAACUGCUGGAAAAGUUCAGUUGCUAUCAAUUGCAGAUCUAAUGAAAAUGGAAGAGGAUGGAAAACACUGGAUUUAUGGAGAGAUAUUGACAAUAGACAGCUACAGAGAUUGGUACUACAUAUCUUGCAGAGGGUGCAGCAGAAAGGUGUGUCCUGAAGGUGACAAUUUCAGUUGUGGUGUGUGCAACACCAAAGAAGUAGUUCUAAGGUACAAAAUUAAUGUUAGGGUGAUGGAUGAGACAGGUCAUGCUUCUUUUGUGUUUUGGGACAAAGAAUGCUUUACUUUGGUUGGAAAAACUGCAAGUACUCUUCAUGAGGAGAUUGAACAGAAAAAUGUUGGACCGUAUUAUUUUCCAGUCGAGAUUGAUGCUAUGGUUGAAACUAAGGGGUUGUUUCGAGUGCAAACAAAGAAGGAAAACAAAUACUACAAGGGUGUUCCUACUUUUAGUGUAAUUGGAAUGAAUUGUGAUCCAACUGUUAUCGCUUUAUACAAGUAUAAAGGAAAAGCAGUUGAGGAAGAAGAUGAUGCAGUUGAGGAAGAAGAUGAUUUCACACUACUUAGGAAGGAGUUUUCUGUGUCUGAAGAAGUCCUCAUACCUGAUGAGGAGGAGACCAGCCCCCUACUGUCAAAAGAAAAAAGGAAGGAACUUGUGGUGAACUACGACGGCAUCAAAAGGAAGCUGUUUGUUGAGCCCCCGCCUGUCAAGCCACCAAAGAAGCUGAAGAAGGUGAAAAUGGAAAAGGAGUAACGAUGUUUGAACAAUGAAGAACUUUUUGCUAAUGAAGAACUUCAAGAACAAUGAAGAACUUUUUGCUAAAAUGAAGCAUAUCAUGUAUGCAGUAUUUUCUAUGUUUUUCUGUUAGUGCAUUAGCAUUUCAGAAAAAUGUUUGCUGCCUGGAAUAACUUAGGGAUAAGUUUAGGUUAUGUUACAAACUUUUGGAGUGGGUUAUUUUCUAGAUAAUCUAUUUUGAUCCCAAGUUUGUAAUUUUUGGCAUUUGUUGCCAAGUGUGAUGUAACCUAUUCGGAAUGUAAUUAUAUGUAAAUUACGUUCUAUUUCCUUGGCUUUAUAUAUUACAACUUGACCAAACUUGAUGACUAGCUACACUAAACAUGUAAAAAUAUUUG